CCAACAAGUUCAAACAUGUACAAUCUAUCACAAUAUGGUCAGAGUCCAACUUAUACAGUCAACUGCUUCAACACAUUCCUCAUGGUACCCAGCGGCCCCGUCACCCCCGUCAAGCAAGGCUGCAACAGUCCACUCGUGUACCACGAGGCUACCAACUUUGACACGGACUACAACAAUGGAUAUUAUCAAAAUGGCACCAACUGCGCCCUGCCAUGUCCAUCACCGAUAUUCAACGAUGAGCAAUGGGACACUCUAUACACCAUCUCAUCAAUACUCACACCGAUAGCAUUUGUAUUGUCGACAAUCAAUCUGAUAACAUAUGUUGCAAUCAAUCGCAAGUUUAGUCGACAUACAAUGGGCAUCAUAUUCUACUCGUUGAUGGUGUGGAUCGUAUCAUUCUCACAACUAUUCUACAUACCCAAGGGAAUGAGUGCAUUCUGUCCGGAACCAGGACGUUAUGCACGUCAAUUCGACACUCUCUGUGCAGCCACAGGAUUCAUCUUCCAAUAUGGAGUGAUCGCCGCAGCCAUGUGGUGGGUAUCAAUUGCCUUUGAUCUAUGGUUAGUCAUAAGAAGUAUGAAUCAUAUUACAAGUUAUAAGAUAUAUUAUAUUUUUGUGAUUAAUAUCAUUGCAGUGAUAUUGGCCAUUGUACCAUUGUUUUACAAUCAAUAUGGUACAUCUGUACAAGGACUUGGUUGUUGGAUAAUGGAUGAGAAGUGGCAGAAUGGUGUCUUCUGGAUACCCCUAUCCAUCAUCCUAUCAUUUGGUCUCUUAACCAUAUUCCUAGUCUGCUACGAAGUAUACAAGGGAGUGAGCGGCAAGACGAGAAUGAUCAAGAUGAAUAUUAGGACGAUGAUAUUUGUGGUGUUGCUGUUUAUAGAGUUCUUGUUUUGCUUCAUAUUCCAUUUGUAUAUGCAGAGCAAUAAGGACAUGUAUCAGAAUGGCAUCGUCAACUAUAUCAAGUGUGUAAUGUUCAGUGCUGACAAUGAGGCAUGCUCAGCCCUGGCCACCCUAGUCCCAUUCAAACUAUACGCCUGUGUUCAAUUCCUUAUGCGAUUCAUAGGCAUUGAGACACUGGUCUUCUACGGUGUCACCAGUCAGUCAAGACGCAUCUGGCUCAAGUCAUGGUGGUUCAACAACGCUCUGGCCGACAAACUCAAGUUAUGCGCGCCAUCACUGUUCAAGCUGAGUUCCGAUGGUUCUGGAUCCAAUGACAACUCUCGCUGUUCCAAGUCAUUCCCUGCUGGUACCAAUGUAGUUGGUGGUAGUGAUAGUGGAGGUAGUAUUAGGAAGAUGCCAACAAACAUUAGAUUGAGCACUGAUGAUGGCGAACAUCAUGGUCAAGACAACAAUAUGAACAACAACAACAACAACAACACAUCCAGUGCAUCACUUGUGGAUAACAAUCAAUUUGACAUUGAUAUAUCUUCAACUGAUUCAUCAUCAUCAGUUGACUUGGAG